AUGCGCCAGUCGACACAGUCGGGGUGGUAUGCUGCUAUUGCGCCGAUAUUCCCAUCACUGCGGGGCAAUGGCCUAGAGGAGGAAGACGGCGCCUCUGAUGUAUCCGGAACCAUCGUGCAACGACUCUCAGCACUUCUCCUUAAGGCUACUGGACCUUCAAUUGACCCAUCACUGGGCCCGCAGGAGAUCGAUGUGGUGACGGCGCUCAAUGCGGUCUUGUCCAAUCUCGGGUCGAUCAUGCUAGAUAAGUCGUUGUCCUCUGUCAGGCUCUUGGUGCUGUCAGGUUUACUGCUUCGUGCGUGUGGGCAGACGGAGAUCGCGUGGCAAUUGGCGUGCUUGGCCCUACCGAUCGCACAAUCUUGUUGUCUGCACCGACGUGCAUACGCUACAAUACAGGGAGAGCCUACUGCGGCAAAUAUUGAUCAGAUGCGUCUCUGGUGGUCUCUAUAUACCCUGGAUAAGAUGCUAUGCUUGGAGUUAGAACGAGCAUCGUCCAUUAGAGACUUGGACUGCAACCAAGAGAGUCCACCCCACGCAGGAGCGUACCUCGAUGACAUACAUCUGGCGGCAAUCGAGCUCGCCAAGAUACAGAGUCAGGUCAGUGAGCGUCUAAUGCAGUCGAGAGCACAGGAGGAAUCAGAUGAUGUGGUGCUCGAAGCAGCCAUCAUCAACAAGAUGCGCGCUGUGGGCGAGCUUGACGGCCUUCUUACGGCAUGGGCGGAAAGGAGACCACCGGAGCUACGACCUUCGGAGUACUCAUACUGUGAUGCUGAGUCGCUCCCGAGUGUCGCGCAUCUAGCAUUGCAAUACCAUCAGACGCUCUUUCUACUCCACAGGCAUGCCCUCAUGCUGAACAUGCACACGGUCCAGGCGGAAGUUGCAAGACACUUUCCGAACGAACCAUAUCGACAUCGAUUGCGUAAUGUGCUCAACUCGAGUCACGGACCACUUCUUGCAGCCUACGGACUAGCUAUCCAGAUCGUACGACAUCCUACUGCUAGCGCAGCAAGAUCAGACUUGGAGCUACAGGCGACCGCCAUCGCUAUCUUGAAAGAGCAUCAAAAACGAUAUGCACUUCAAGGUAUGGCUGACGUAGAAGAAGAUGAAAUGACGUCGCAGCUACUCGAUCAGCUGCACAGACUUGUCCGACUCCAUGUUGACAAGACAGCACGAAAUACACCAACAGGCUCUUCAAGAUCCACACAAGCACCCACCACGGACUGGUCAAGCAGAGCGUACCCAGUGAGUGGGCCAUCAUCCGCUGAGAUGCCUUCGCCGCAUGAUCCUCCGAGUACCGGCAGUCUUGCGAGCCGAACAGAUGCUCAGAUGCGUCUGGACCAAGAUCUACAUGCUCUGAUGAACCAGAACAGGCAGCGUGUGGUACCUGACGCUCCGGCCAUGACCAGCUGGCCACCGUCUACACAGUUCGACUCGAGCCUGCUUGGCGGGCUAGACGGUAUGGACAUGGAUUGGGAUGCCCUGGCUUUUGCUUUUGACCUGCCGCAGUGA